GUUGACAGUGAUAUAUGACCAUAAUGUCAUCUCAUGACGAUUGAAGUUUGAACCUUGAAAACAAUCCAUCUUUUUGUGUAUCUGUCAAGUUAAAGCUGCAGGUUUUUCACCAUGGGUCGCGUACGUACCAAAACUGUCAAAAAAGCUGCAAAAAUCAUUAUUGAAAAGUACUACACCAGACUCACAUUGGAUUUUGAUACAAACAAGAGAAUAUGUGAAGAAAUAGCUAUCAUACCCACCAAGCCUCUUCGUAACAAAAUUGCUGGCUUUGCCACCCAUUUGAUGAGACGUCUCAGACAUUCCCAAGUACGUGGUAUCUCCAUCAAAUUGCAAGAAGAGGAGCGUGAAAGACGUGAUAACUAUGUUCCUGAGGUCUCCGCCUUGGAACAUGAUAUCAUUGAAGUUGACCCUGACACCAAGGAGAUGUUGAAGAUGUUAGAUUUUAACAACAUUAAUGGCCUUCAACUCACCCAACCUGCUACACAGGGUGGAUAUGGUGGUAGACGUAAUUAAGGAUAAUAAACAUUAAUAAAAUA